AAGCACUGGACCCACACGUUAACAGCAGGUUAACAGUCAUGUGUUUCCAUCACUGCAGCAGUCACAGUCUAUGGUCACACCAUGUAACAUUAAUCUAUUCAGACCCCAGAUCUCGCGGUGCUUCCAUUCAGACAUCUUGCAUGUCAUUAAGUCUGGUCUUGACGGUUUUUUUUUAUACAUACAUCACACAUACACAUCACCGUGCUCUAUCCCCGGUAGAAUAACACUCGUGAAGUCGUUGGUAUUAGAUCCUUUAUUCCGCGGUGCCGGAUGUGAGACGGUGUGACCGUGCCUCGCGUGCCAAUCCCGCGGAGUCAGACCGUCUGUAACGGGGCUCUGAAGCUCUCAGCUCUCAGCCUGUUCUACUUAAUCUCCAUCGCUGCUGUUUUUAUUUCACAUCCGAGGAAACAUGGCAACUCCCGCCGCGGUCAACCCGUCCGAGAUGGGGAGUGAGUUGCCGGGCACAGUCUCAAUGCAGGGAGCAGUCGGGGCCAGCCAAGUGAGGAUGGGUGGAGCCAUGUCAGGCCGCGGGGGCAAGAGGAGAUCAGGAGGGAUGGACUUUGAUGAUGAAGACGGAGAAGGACCGAGCAAAUUUUCAAGGGAGAACCACAGUGAGAUUGAGCGACGCCGGCGCAACAAAAUGACCCAGUAUAUCACUGAGCUGUCAGACAUGGUCCCUACCUGCAGCGCCCUGGCACGGAAACCUGACAAGCUGACCAUUCUGCGUAUGGCUGUCUCCCAUAUGAAAUCCAUGAGGGGCACAGGAAACACCUCCACUGAUGGGGCCUACAAGCCCUCCUUCCUCACUGAACAGGAGCUGAAGCAUCUGAUCCUGGAGGCAGCAGACGGCUUCUUGUUUGUGGUUGCUGCAGAAACAGGCCGGGUGAUCUAUGUGUCAGACUCAGUGACACCUGUGCUCAACCAUUCUCAUGGCGAGUGGUUUGGCAGCACUCUGUAUGAGCAAGUUCACCCUGAUGAUGUGGACAAACUGAGGGAACAGCUCAGCACUUCAGAAAACUCCAUGACAGGACGAAUUCUGGACCUGAAGACAGGAACAGUGAAGAAGGAGGGACAGCAGUCGUCCAUGAGGAUGUGCAUGGGCUCCAGACGGUCCUUUAUCUGCCGCAUGAGGUGUGGCAGUGCUCCCCUGGAUCACAUCUCUCUGAACCGUCUGUCUAACAUGAGGAAAAGAUACAGGAAUGGACUUGGACCAUCAAAAGAAGGAGAGGCUCAGUACUCAGUGGUGCACUGCACAGGUUAUAUCAAAGCCUGGCCCCCUGCAGGCAUGACCAUACCAGAGGAAGACACAGAGGCAGGACAGACUGGAAAAUACUGCCUAGUGGCCAUUGGAAGACUUCAGGUGACCAGCUCUCCAGUUUCUAUGGACAUGAACGGCCUGUCGGUGCCAACAGAGUUCCUGUCACGUCACAACUCGGAUGGUGUCAUCACUUUUGUAGACCCACGCUGUAUCAAUGUGAUUGGUUAUCAGCCACAGGACCUGCUGGGGAAAGAUAUUCUUGAGUUCUGCCACCCUGAGGACCAGAGUCAUCUGAGAGAAAGUUUCCAACAGGUAGUGAAGUUGAAGGGUCAGGUCCUUUCUGUUAUGUAUCGCUUCCGGAUGAAGAACAGGGAAUGGAUGCUGAUCCGGACCAGCAGCUUCACCUUCCAGAACCCAUACUCUGAUGAGAUUGAGUACAUCAUAUGCACCAAUACCAACGUCAAGCAGCUUCAGCAGCAGCAGCAGGCAGAGCUGGAGGUUCACCAAAGAGAUGGACUGACCGCCUAUGAUCUCUCUCAGGUUCCUGUGGCCAGCGUUAACAGCGGAGUGCAUGAAGCAGGGAAGAACAUCGACAAGACAGAAGCCCUGUUCUCGCAGGAGAGAGAUCCACGCUUUACUGAGAUGUACACCAGCAUCUCUGGCUCUGGAGAUAAGAAGAUGAUGGUGCCCUCAUCUACAGCUGGAGGGCAGCAGCUCUACUCUCAGAGCUCUCCCUUCCAGCAGGGACACUCUGGAAAAAGCUUCAGUUCCUCUGUGAUCCAUGUCCCGGGUGUGAACGAUAUUCAGCAGUCGGGCUCAUCCAGUCAGAACCUGGCACAGAUCACCAGACAGCUCAACCCAGGUCAGGUGGCAUGGUCCGGCAACCGACCCCCCUUCUCUGGACAGUCGAGUAAAGCCCAGUCCAGUCCAUUUGGGAUCGGUUCUGGUCACAGCUACCAGACUGAUCCAGCCUCCUACAGUCCACUGUCGUCCCCGACCACUUCUUCUCCAAGCGGAAACGCCUACUCAGGACUGACGAACCGCAGCACAGCUUUUGAUGUGUCUGGUGAGAGCGGUCAGAGUGGAGCCCAGUUCCAGGGUCGUCCUAGUGAGGUCUGGUCCCAGUGGCAGAAUCAGCAUCACUCUCAGCAGGCUGGAGAACAGCACACACACCCCAACCCCAGUCAGACAGAAGUCUUCCAGGACAUGUUACCCAUGGCCGGUGAUCCCACCCAGGGAACAGCCAACUACAACAUUGAAGACUUUGCUGACCUCGGCAUGUUCCCGCCCUUCUCUGAGUAACCUCCCCCCGUCCCCCACUUUCAUUGAUCUCCCGCUCAGAACAGGACUGACGUUCAUCUCUCAUGUUGUCUCAUCUUUGUAAAUUGCUAGACAACCCAGACACAUCUGAUGUGCAGCAUGGUCAAUGUCUGGGUGCACCUGUCAUUUGCACACAUACAGAAACACGGUCCAUAAACGCUUUGGCUGCAAUGCCUUUGGUAUGUAUCUGUAAACAUACACACAUCAACACUGCAAGGAGGAACCCUGCUGUCAGAAUGAAGGAACAUCAGUGUGUGAGCUCUUUAGACUCACGCUCUUUGAACAGAGAGUGUGAGGUUAGACGUUCAUGACCAGAGGUGGUCAGUCAGUUGAUUAUAGAUAUGUCUACAUUCAUGUUUGAAGAUGACCAAAACUUAUGAUUGUACCAAGGGCUGGAUACACUACACCCCAUAAUGUACAGAACUGCAUGAUUGUCCGCUGUUGUCUUUGUCCUUGUCUGUUAGAUUAUGUUAGGGUCUGUUUUGAGGACGGAGUAAUCACAUCUGAGCAGAAAUAUUAAGCUACAAGUAAUUACGCUCUCAUCAGUUUCUGAACCAAUCAGCACUCAUCGUCUAUCAUUUUCUGAUGAUACAAUACGUCUCUGUGGUCGCAGGCCAGCUUUGAGGUAAUGCCAGUCUGACACGUCCGCCAUGUACACAGUCACUUCUCGGUCAGGGACGUCCACCGGAGUAGUACAGUUCACCUGUUCUCAGGUAGGUCUCAGUUCAGGUCUCAGGUCUCAGUAAGGAGCAACCAGAAGUAGGUUCAGUAACAGUUCAUCUGUGGAUCUAAAAAGGCUGUAUGCAGUGGAUUAGGUACGCAGUGGUCCCCUCUAGUGCUUCAGUGUUAUGCUGAAGUCUUAUACAAAUUAUACUCACACAUACAUUACAACCACUGCAUAUACACUCUUUUCACACACAUCACCAAGGCUACUUAUGUUAACAAUAAGACCACUCCAACAACGAUAACACAACCCUACUGCACCUGUAGAUACUCUAAUCAACCAUCAUAUUCACUCCACCUGUCUCAUAUCAUGUAGGCCCCUCCUCUCAACGUGUAAGGGUAAAACACUGAAUGCUGUAUAUAAUCAUCAGCAGAUUACCACAGGUGAGAGUAGGGAUGUCUUCCUCCUGCUUUUGCUCUCCAUGCUGACUGUUUUUUCCUGUGGACACAGAAGGCUGCUGAUUUGUGAUUGGUCGAUUCAUCUUGGGAGACAAAGUGAAAAGCAGAAAACUUGUCACGUUGACUCGACAUUUCGAUGUAGAGUCUGUAGAUGUUAUGCUAACAAUCAUUGCUUCAGGGCAAUGUACAUUACCUCUGACAUUUGCAGUCCCUCAGCAGGGUUCAUGCACAGAGGCAUCUUCAGUUAAAGGUCAGGUCGUCUAUGACAGCUUCCUGUCUUUUCCUCUUCAACAUGUUUUAUGCAGACUGUAAGCAUACCUCAUUUUUCAGACAAACUGGAAAUUAAACUGGAAUAAUUUAUAGAUACUAUAACUAUUUUGUUCUUAGUGGAGGUGUUGAUAUUUAGGUGACAGUGUUGCACUGCACAGUCAUCUAAACAAUAUUAAAUGUGAAAAGACAUGAAGGUAAUUCCAGCUUCUCUUUGAAGACAUGAAGGAUUCUCAUCAGGUGGCAGAAAUGGCUUUGUCCCUGAAAGUGACAAAGAAAUAAAACGAACAUUAACAUCAUGUAUUCUUCAUCAUUGUAAUAGAAGAUUAUGAAAGUUAGUUUUUUAAUUUUAAUAUUGGUUAUUGUUGCAUAUAGUUAUCAGAAAGAAGGUUAUUGCUGGCCUUCAUGGGCAGCCCAGAAAAUAUCCCAAAGCUGCAGAAUUAUUGCCCAAGAAGACACAUGCACAUGUGUGAUGAUCCAGGUCAGUUACACUAGGUUUUGGGGGUUUAAGGUUCAAGUUCUCCUUCCUGGUUCAGGAAGAGAGGAACAGAAUGACUCUCAGUCUGUGUUGUAGCUGUGCAGGUUCAGAGACUUUAGACACGAGCUGGUCAGUCAGCUGGAAGUGUGACAGAAGUCUCUUGUUAGCGUGCAGGUUUUUGUGAAACGGGUCUUUCUUAGUGCUCCCCUCCACUCUCCAACACUGGCAGAAGGUUAAGAGUGAAAGCUUCUGAUGCUGAAAAGUAACUGUCCACAAUGAAAAUAAAAUCUUGUGGCUAUUCUUUAUUUUUUAUGACAAAUUCUACAUUCUACUGUGUUGGCUUCAUAGAUGUGUACAUAUAAGUUUAUAAAGACCACGAGUAAACAUGGGUCCAAAGUGGAUAACCUAGAUGUGAGUCAGCUCACUGUAUGUAUGUGUAGCUUUGAAAUCUUCAUUCAUGCUCAGGCCCUUGGUGUCAGUUCAUACAAGAUCUAAUUUACUCACACUACAGUAAGACCACUAUAUCGAGCAGUACGAGAGCAUCAGCCCACAAACUAUUGAUGUCCCGGCACUACAUGUUCCCACACACACACAUGACGAUCUGUCUCAGUGUUGUACGUCCUUUCUCGCUGACCCUGACAAACAGCAGCAGGAGAAAAGAAGACGCUGCUGUCCUCACUCUCUCCAUCACUCCUGUCAUGUAACCUGUACUGUAUGUAUUGACGUCCAGAGCAAAGUGAGUUCUGAAGUGAGCAACAUUUGAUGCCAGUAGUGAAGGAUUUUCUGUGUAAAUGAAGAAAAAGCUCAAAGUGCACUUCAUUAAACUAACCGUUCAUUUCACCAGCCUGCUUUAAAAGGGAAAAACCGCCAUGCCAUCCAAGCAAAGCGCAGUAUUUACUAGUGUAUUUGGUGUUUCUCAGCUCUGGCUGUUUGAGUUAUUACCUACUUAUCUCUCAUUUCUAAAGAGACUGAACAGUACUUUUUAGUGGGGGAGCUUUUACAUGAUAGAUUGUAUUAUGUCUCUGAAGGAUAGAUGGGAGAACCUUGAACAGACAUUAGAGUCCUUUUGCUAAAGAUGUUAAAUCAAUGUUUUUGUAAAUAAUGUGAUUUUUAUGUCACCUUGUAUUACUUUCCCACAGUCCAUGUUUUGUGUAGGUUUCAAUGAUAUUGUGUGCAAUGUGAGAACAUAUUAAACUAUUAGCAUUUAGUUAGCCUGUUAAUUGUACAUUGAGUUUUAGACCUGUAUAAAUUGUGAAAAUGUGACCCAUUAUUUUUGUGAAAUAAGUUGUGCUUGUGACAAUAAAUUCCAAUUGAA